CAAGCGUCAGUCGACAAUCGGUGCGGGUCGCGACUUGCGGCGCGGGCGCAGUGCUUCUGUACCACGUUAACAAAAAUAUAAACAAUAUUAUACAACUGCUAUGUACCUGGUGUUUACUAAACAGUGUUGUGACAAGGAUUGCUUUUAUUUAACCUGUAAACCGGUGACUAAUUAACUAUUCGAGAUGGCGAUGAAAGAGUGGCUGCAGUGGCUGCCGCCGCCGCGGUCGUUGCUGGCGCUGCUGCUAGCUGUAACCGGCUUUAGCAGCAGACUGUUCGCCUCCUACGUCACACACUCACCGACCCUGCUUGUCGACACUUGCCAUUCGCUCUGCAGACUCUUCGGACUUAUCACAACACUGCUUGCAUAUAAGUACGAGCGAGCUGACGAAGGCGCGGGACGCGAGGGCCGAUUGAGGAAUACGUUUGGAUGGGCGCGUAUCGAGGUAGUCGGUAGGCUAUCUGUACACGUGCUGUUUGCGUCAUUCGCGUUCUCCCUGGUGGUCAACGCGCUACAGCUCGGCGUACACUCAUCCCACGUGCAGCCACCACGCUACCCCAAAGUCAUCAUCGGCAGCGCUGUCCUCGGUCUUCUGCUGUAUACUAUCAACUACAUGUUACUGGCUGGACGGGAGCUAAGCUAUAGUCGCCGGCUGAGCAUGACAGAGGGCGGCGGAGUGGUGUUGAAAACGGGGUCGGCAGAGCCCGUGCUGGCCCACGCACCUAUCGACAUCGUCAGUAGCCUGUUCGCGAUCGGCGCCGGCCUGACAACGGAAUGGGAGCCUGAGAUGGCGAGCAUAGCAGAUCCCGCGCUGUCGGCGUGCGCCGCGAUAGUUCUCGUUAUAUUCAACUAUCCAUUCAUGCGUUCCGCGGGCCUGGUGCUGCUGCAGACGGUGCCAGAGGGUUUGGGCGCAUGUGAACUGCGAGCAGCGGCGCUACGUGUCCCCGGAGUGCUUGCUAUACACGAGCUGCACGUGUGGCAGCUGCACCGCGACAAGAUCGUCGCCACCGCACAUAUAUCUUACAGUUCACAUGAGGACUAUUUGCGUAACUCUGAACUAGUCUGCGACGUGUUCAAAAAACACGGGAUCGGCCUAGUAACUCUACAGCCGGAAUUUACUCUAACUUCAAUCAGUGGUACUGAGGAAGAGCAAAAGGCGUUAGUGGAAUUUGCCAACACAGCGUGCUCCUGUCCUUGUGCAAAAGAGUGCACGGCGCCACGAUGUUGUGCUUCCCCCCUCAAGCCAGUCAUUACACGCAUUUAAUGGCACAAAAUAAAGUGAUUUCUUUACAAUUUAUGACACAAAAGUGAGUUAAUAUGUGAAAGUGACAAGCACUUUAAGGGGUACUAUUAUGCAUUUCUAAAUUAAUUUUAAAUUUAAAACAUAGGUUAAGUUUUAGUCCAACCAAAGAACUUACACAGUAGGAGUGAAUACUAUUCGAGCUAAUAUUAUACCCAAGCUCUGUGAGUCAGUGAAAGUGAAUAAAAAAUCAAGAAUACCGUGGCAUUGCCGCGCUGUCACUAAACGUCAACAAGAUUAUAGUCUAUGACAGAGGUCGGCAACCUUUCUCGAGUUUGCAUCAAUUUCUCGAUGUGAUAAAUAAUUUGUUAUGAGUAGACUUUUAGAAGCCUUAGUAAUAUGUAUUAAAAUGUAUAUUUCAAGAAUUUGUGUAUAAACAUAGAAUGAUGUUAAGUAACUGCAGAUAAUUUUGAUUACUGUAACGAACUUUGAAACAUUUAGAGAUGCUACAAAACCGCAGAUUACCAACAACUGGCCUAAGACCAGUUGUGAAUUGGAAGCGAGUUAAUUAUCUGUCAGUUAUUGACAAAGUCUAAUUUAAUGGACAGCAGAAGCCGACGUUCGAGCUCGUGGCAAAUAACAUUUUUUUGUAAAAAAACAUACAGACGAAUUGAGUACCUCCUUCUUUUGGGAAGUCGGUCAAAAAUAGAGUCUACACUAGAAAAUACGAAAUGAAACCACAAUUUUCGGAAAAAAGGAGUUUAUUUACAUUCUUAAAACUAGUAAUUUAAAGAAUGAAUAAACACUUCAUGAGUUUAAACAGUUCUAUUCCUAAUUGAACUGCUAAAUAUUUAACCGAUCACAGUUAUAGCUUCAUUUGAGUGCCAAUUUUACUCCGGCUUUAUUUAACUACUAUUUAUCUAAUAUGUAAUGUCUUUAUAUGAAUAUCAAGCUUUUAUACUACGCUAUUUUAUAAAACACAGAUAUAUUUGUUAGUAGACAGUACUAAAAUGUUUAAUAUAAGAGAAAGUACAAACUUAAAACUACAACUAAAAGUACUUCCCUGUUAAAAUUACUUCAAAUACCUAAAUUUGUUUGUAUCGUUAAAUAUUUAUUUGUUAAAAUAAUACGACUAUAAAAGAUCAAUGUAGUUAACAUUCAUCAUUUAUUAUUGUGUGUAAUUUUAACAGACAUUACAAUGAAAGUUUGAAAAUAUUUAGAGGUUAUGUGUUAUAUUAUCUUAAUCUUGCCAUAUACUUAUGUAUGUAACCCAUUCGAAACAUUUAAAUAUAUAUUUUGUCCUUACUUUUCCUAGUGAGAGAGUGUAACAGAGAUAGCUUGAUUUUGUGAAUGUUUCGACAAUGACAACUUAAGAAGACGCUACCGUCAGAAAGUAAUGUAAUAUGUACCUAAGUAAUAAUAUGUGUUUUUUAAGGUACGCAGGAUAGCGUUAUUUCCCAUUUGCAGUGAAACUUGUAAUACAUAUCUCUAUUAUGUCAGAUAAUGUUAGAGUAGGCAGUAUAGUCUAACAAGGAUAUUUGGCCCGGUGAGAGAAGUGCUGUUGCAGCAACAAAGAAAUAUGUACGUAUGAAAUUUACACGGACUGUACUUCCGUUAGUGAAUGGCAAGGUAGAGCGACCGCUUAGGUCGCCGCACAUAAAGAGGGCGCUAGUGAGCUGACAUAAUUUAGUUUGACAUAUGCCCAAUGGGUCAAAUAGCCUUGUCGGUCUAUGUAUUGUACUAAAUAUGACAGUGAAAAGCCACAUUAAAGUGUUAAUAUUAAUAAGACUGUGAUGUUCCUAGCAGGCAGUAUUAAAAUUGCUUGUUAAAAACUUGUUAACGUGUUCAAGUAUUUUAUAAUCGUCUUAAUAUCAUGUGUUGACGAAUUAUUAAUUAAUAAUCUAUGUACAAAGCUUUGUUGAAGUUUGUUUUCGAUUUAAAAAUUAAAAAUAUUUUAACUA